CGACGUCGUUAACCUCCGGUUUAUAUUCGCCUCCUGAACCCGCACCUGUAUAUUUCGGUAGUCGUCAGCUUUUGUUAUCUCAGGUUACAUAUGGAUUCGAAGUCUAAGAGUCGAGCAAAAACUAAAGACAGGAUCAGUGAAUUGCCCGAAGCAGUUCUUUGUCACAUACUUUCGUUCCUUCCCACAAAAUACAGUUUCAGGACCAGCAUUUUAUCCACAAGAUGGAAGAACGUAUGGGCCUCUGUUCCCAACCUAGACAUCUGCGAUGAAGCCACGUCUGACAAAACUGGGUUUAUGGCAUUUGUUGAUCGAAUACUGUUCUCUCCUCAAUCAUCUAACAUUCCAAAAUUCCGUCUUCAUUGUUCCUCUGUUGACGAUUUCUCUCGUAUUGAUAGUUGGGUCUGCCGUGCCAUCCAACGUAAUGCUGUUGAAGUUGAUCUUUGUGUUGAAUCACAUGGAGAGCAUAUUUUUGAGUUGCCUAAGCCGCUUUUAAUCUCGAAAACACUAGAGGUUUUGAAGUUGGACUCAAAUUAUGUUAUUAAUCUUCCUCUAUUAGGGAGUUUCCCCAGUCUCAGGUUCCUCCACGUUACAGUUGAUUCUCCAGAUAGUUAUGCAAUGGGAACACUCAUUUCCUACUGCCCUGUGCUUGAAAAUCUGACUGUAGAUGGAACUCUUGGAAAUCAUGUUCGUAGUGUCACUGUCUCGGCGGCUCAACUAAAGAGUUUAAGAAUUAGAUUGAGGAGCACUACAGAUGUUCUUCAUGAUGCACACAACUUCUCGAUUAAUGCCCCAAAGCUUGAAUACCUUGAUAUUGAGGAGGAUAUUUUGUCCAAUUAUAAGUUGGAGAAUGGAAAAUCACUGGUGAAAGCCCAUGCUCGUGUCAUUGACUAUUCUACAAUUAGAGGUCGUGACUUUCUUAACCGUGCAACUGUGCUUAUGUCAACAAUUUCCAAUGUUAAGUAUCUGUCUCUUUCAGCUAUGUACUUGGAGGAUCUUUGUCUGCCAACUUUUGGUAAUUUGAGCCACUUGAAGCUGGUUGCUAACUAUUGCAAUUACUGGGAAGUGCCAGACUUGCUCGAGAGAAUUCCUAAAUUGGAAUAUCUCGUCUUAGAAUAUAAAGUGAUAUUUAUAGGUGGAGAUUCAGGGUAUCAAAGGAUACCAACGGAGUCUGUGCCUAUUUGUUUGAGGUCACACCUCAAAAGUAUCUCCAUAAGGGGAUUGAAGGGUGAGUCCAAUGAUCUGGAAAUGUUGAAAUACUUGUUAAAGAAUGGUGAAGUUUUGGAGAAGAUGACUAUUUAUGCUGGUGGUCUUCUGCAUACAAAAGAGGAGUUAAACAAGGAAGUUUGUAUGUUUACAAGGGGUUCAAAGACUUGCAAAGUUGAAUACAUCUGAGAUGCAGCGCAUGGUUACAAACUUUUUCUAAGCACCAUAUGUGCUGUGCUUAGAAUAAAGCAGGCUUCUUUUUUCUUUUUUUUUUUUUUUUUUUCAGUCUGUGCAGUCUGUUGUUUUUAAAAUUGUUAAGAUUUUUUUUAGUUUUUUAUUUAGCUCUUGGGAAUUUGAUUUGGCAUGAGACAUAAGUAAUACAAAUAUUUAUCGUUGUCCAAUGCACUUAUCCUGUAACAUAAUGAUGUACAUGUUUUCCAUGUCUGAACUCUUUUCAGGAGAUUUAA